CCUCCCAGUCAGCAGUUGUUGCAUCGACCCCGUUGGGUACAACACGCAACGCAAACCACACCGUCUUUAGAAAGCCCCUUUCUUCACAUUUUCUCCGUCUGCUCUUCCUCCUUGAGCCUCAAUCGAAAUAAAAAUGCGUGAGUGUAUCUCCAUCCACGUCGGUCAGGCUGGUGUCCAGAUUGGCAAUGCCUGCUGGGAGCUUUACUGCCUGGAGCAUGGGAUCCAGCCGGACGGACAGAUGCCCAGUGACAAGACUCUCGGAGGAGGAGACGAUUCCUACAACACCUUCUUCAGUGAGACUGGAGCCGGAAAACACGUCCCCAGAGCUGUUUUUGUCGACCUGGAGCCCACCGUCAUCGAUGAGGUGCGCAGUGGGAGUUACCGCCAGCUGUUCCACCCUGAGCAGCUGAUCACUGGUAAGGAGGAUGCUGCCAACAAUUAUGCCCGUGGACACUACACCAUCGGCAAAGAAAUCAUCGACAUGGUGCUGGACAGGAUCCGCAAACUGUCGGACCAGUGCACCGGCCUUCAGGGCUUCCUGGUUUUCCACAGCUUUGGAGGUGGCACCGGCUCUGGU